CCCGGCUCUAACUGCAGGGUCACCGCGCCCAUCUCGUCGUUCGAUGGACGAACGACUGUGUUACCACGGAAAGCACUGAUGCUGAGAUUUGCAGAAGGGACAUAGUCGACUGUCUUGUUGACUUUCUGUGACUGUACAGAUUAGCCUAUUUGUUUGCCACAGCAGUGUCUUGAGUACACAGCUAGUGGGUGUGAUUCUCCACUCUCCUCUCCGGUUGGUUGACGGAGGUUGUCAAGCUCCCUAGCUGUAGCCUGCGCACGGGAAGGGCUGCUCCUCGGAAAACUAACGCUAGCUGGCUAGCUAGUUAGUGAGCUAGCGCUGUGGUGUUCGUUGAUGCGUGGAUCGGAGGUACACACCGCCCUGUUUUCCAGUCAAUGCCAAAACGCAAAACCAAACGCAAAUUGAAUCAGAUCAACAAGUGCCCCAGUAGCUGGAGAAAGGUAAUUGAUAAAGCAGAAUAAGAUGAGUGAACUGGACCAGUUACGCCAAGAGGCGGAGCAGCUCAAAAAUCAGAUCAGGGAUGCCAGGAAAGCAUGCGCAGAUGCCACACUAUCACAGAUCACAGCUAAUAUUGACCCCGUUGGCCGAAUCCAGAUGCGUACAAGACGAACGCUGCGGGGUCACUUGGCUAAAAUCUAUGCCAUGCAUUGGGGAACAGAUUCCAGGCUCCUGGUCAGUGCCUCUCAAGAUGGCAAACUCAUUAUUUGGGACAGCUAUACCACAAAUAAGGUUCACGCCAUUCCACUUCGAUCUUCCUGGGUCAUGACUUGCGCAUAUGCACCUUCAGGAAAUUAUGUGGCCUGUGGUGGCUUAGACAACAUCUGCUCCAUUUACAACCUGAAAACACGUGAGGGGAAUGUACGUGUGAGCCGUGAGCUCGCUGGACAUACAGGAUAUCUAUCCUGUUGUCGCUUUCUUGAUGACAACCAGAUUGUUACAAGCUCUGGAGAUACCACUUGUGCACUUUGGGACAUUGAGACUGGCCAGCAGACAACCACAUUUGCUGGACAUACAGGUGAUGUCAUGAGCCUGUCAUUGGCUCCUAACUCCCGGUUAUUUGUCUCUGGUGCUUGUGAUGCCUCUGCGAAACUCUGGGAUGUUCGAGAAGGCAUGUGCAGACAGACAUUUACUGGCCAUGAGUCUGACAUCAAUGCCAUCUGUUACUUCCCUAAUGGCAAUGCCUUUGCCACUGGCUCUGAUGAUGCCACCUGCAGGCUGUUUGAUCUGCGUGCUGAUCAGGAAUUAAUGAUCUACUCUCAUGACAACAUCAUAUGUGGCAUCACCUCUGUUGCAUUCUCCAAGAGUGGCCGUCUUCUUCUGGCCGGAUAUGACGACUUCAACUGUAAUGUGUGGGACACACUAAAAGCAGACCGUGCUGGUGUGUUGGCUGGACAUGACAACCGUGUUAGCUGUCUUGGAGUUACUGAUGAUGGCAUGGCAGUUGCAACAGGAUCCUGGGACAGUUUUCUGAAGAUCUGGAAUUGAAGCCUGAAGGUUCUUUCAUUCUUUUUUUAAAAAUUGUUUCACCAUUUUCCCACAGUAUACUUUUGAAGCUAUUCCAAGCAAAAACCUGUAGUUGCAGAUGUUUGCCAUACCCAAUUCUUUUUCUUGGCUGGAGUAGAAGGUGAUUUACUGAUGGUGCUACUUUUGUUGCCUUACAGGUUUGAGAGCUUUAUGGGUUCAUUGAAAUGUCUGUGUUUCUUUUGCUGAUCAGCGCAUUUGAGACACCUGUUGGUUUGAAUGGAUCUUGGCAUUUUCUUUUGACUCUCAUAACCAACAAAACUUUGUUGUCCCUCCAUUUACAGUAAGCUCUAGAUAAAUGUCAGGGCAAGUUCACCUGCCUCUAGCAUUUGUAAAAGUUUCAUGGAUUUUCAUACAAGUUUUCAUAGAGUGGUUGAUGAGAGCACCUUAGACAUCUUCUGCCCUAAAAGUUGCUGCCGUAAUAUUGUGCUUACAAUACACCAAUAAGCCAGAAUGUGGCUGAACAGCAUGUACAAAAAAAACAACCACAGAAAAGUGAAAUGGAAAUCCAGUUCAUGGAAAAUGCUAUGUUUUUGUUUUGACAGGAAAUAAAGUUAUGACACUUGAGGUGAUUUACUGGAAGUGUGAUGUCACUACAACACACAACUACUUAUAUUAAGAUACAUUUGCUGCAUGCCCCCCGAGGAAAACAAUUAAAACCAGGUACCUGUUCUCAUGUUGUGGCUGAUUAGUGUAAAUACAUGAAAAUGUUCCCCAGUGGUGACAGAAAUAAUCUUCUGUCACCAUUUCAGUAUCUGACCAAACAAUUUUAAGAUUUUUUUUAAGUGUUUGCCAAAAAGACAAAAUGGGACAUGGCUGGUAGCCUGUGGAAAGGUUAUUAUGAACCUCUUACACUUGAAACUGCAAAUGAAUCUUGCAUAUAACAAUGUUGUGUGGUGUAAUAACUUAGUUAUCUGAAACAAGCUUUAUUCAUAAGAUUUUGCAGGCUUCCCUAGAGACACAGAACUUGUAAGCCUGCUCUGAGGCUUGUAGAUGUAAAUGUUGAGGAUGUAACUUGUGACAUACUGAUAUUGACAAUAACGAUGUAAAAAAAAAAAAAAAAAAAAAAAUUAAAUACCCUAUAAUUUCCAAUGCUUUCCCUUUGACACAAUAACUCUGCAUCACACUUCAACGUAAGGCCCUGGUAUACUUCCCUGGUAUGAAGUGAAUUGUGUAAUCGACACCCAAAAUUUUUGCAACCGGGCUCAAAAAGACAUCGCAUGCGCAAACUGAAUUUCCAUCCCACAAGUAGGUGAAGUAUUAAGCCCCGCUCACAAAGCAGAAAAAAAACAUUUUGACAACAGAAGAAAUAGUCGCCAAGGAUAGUCAUCCGAGCCUCGACCUGGCGACCCUCAAAAAUGGCUGACACCCCGGCCCCCCUGCCUGAAGGACCUUUCAGCUGAUGACCCGCUCGAAACCGGAUGUGUCCGAGGGAGCUGUAGCAUCGUUCUCUCCUUUGGUAGGAAUGCGUCCUAUUCCCUGCAUCCAGACUUGAACCGUCACCCGUUGGUGAAGUGAGAUACCACAGUACCCUGACGCGCGAGUACACCGGGGUCUGCAAUGCACUUCGGUGCGCGCAAGUAUACCAGGGCCUUUUAGUAUUAUGUCAUAUUUUGAGUUCAGUUUAUUCACCAGAAAUUGACAAGACAUUAAAGGCAAAGAUUAAUUUAAUUAAUAACAUUGUUAGGUUGAGUUGCAAUCAAAUUCCAUCUGGCCAUGAUUAUCAUAUCAUUCAAAAUCUGACAUUGUGACAUUCCCAGUGCAUAUAAUGAACCCAAUGAGCCUUAAACUUCUGUUUGACUUAAAGGUCCAGUGUGUAACAUUUAGGAGUGUUUAUUGACAGAAAUUGAAUGUAUGUUUAUAUGAGUGUGGAAUUGCUUUGAAGUAAAAACCCUUUUUGUUUUCAUAGCCUUGGCACAAGCCUUUUUUUUUUCUUAUGUACUUGUGGCAAGGGCCUUGCUUUACGGGGUCCACCAUAUUGUGCUGCCAUGUUUCUACCGCAUUUUCUACCGCAAAUGUACAAACCAGCCCAGAGUGUGUUGUGCUUUUUGAAGCUACAUGAACAAAAUAUCAUCACCAUCCUUUCUGGUAUACAAAGGCCACCCUAUUUCUGACCUGAGUGGGAAAGGGAGGGGCAGUGAGCGAAGACGUCCUCCAUUCCUCGCAAUCUGCCAACUCGCCAUUAGAUUUCACUAAUUCUCACACGCUGGACCUUUAAGAUUAGGCAGUUAAUUUCUAAAUUCAAUUUGUCUUUGUUUCCCAGAUGUUCUUUUAACUCCAAAGUUGACUGGAAGACCAUUACAACUUCAGAAUGUUCACAGCAUCUUCUUCAACACUGUUUAAACUGACUUGGACACCACAAAAAUGAAGGGAAACCAAUGCCUUUCCUACACAAAGAAGAGCACAAUUGUUUAUCACCUAGUUAAGAAAGGAUCUCCUGUGGUAUCAAAUCAGAAACUUGUGCAUUCCUUCUUGGACCAUUUUAUGUUACCCUGAAAGAAAAAACAACAACACUAUCAUCCCAUGCAAAUGUGUGCGUCUUGAAAGCAAAUGUUGGAGUGUAAUGUACAAAUUAUUUAACUUUUUUUUUUUUUUUAAAGAAUUAUAUUCUGAUGGUUUGUUAUUCUUGAUGGCUAUUCUUUUUUUUGUCAUAUUUCUUUAGUGGUUUUAGAUAUGUUUGAAUUACAGCUUGUCUUUCUAAUCCAGUUAAAUCAAUUAAGACAGAUGAGAGGUAACAUGCAGAAGUAAACGCUUGGAUCAUAUUACACGAGCAGCUUUCAAAAUGUCCAUGAUGUAUUUAUAUACUAGCUGUUUUUUGUUUCAUCACAGCCUUUUGCACAUGAAGAAGCUUUGCCUCUCAACUAAUACUAUGUUAACUAACAAAGCACAUGCUAUAAGUUAUAAAUGCUCAUUCCAGUACUAAAGGAGUUAUGAGAAGCGUAUCAAGUUAACCCCCCUUAAUUCUUGUACAUGCCUUUGACUUUGGGUGGGAUGGGUUGGGAUUAUAGCAAGGUAGGUGCAGAGAUAAUCGGGCAUGGCUGGAUUUUAUUAUAUGGAUGGGGGAUUGUGUUUAGUAUCCACUUUUGAGUGAAACACCUUACCCGACUAAAUAGACACUUCCUUUGCUUGGGACUGCAGUUGCAACUCUGUGAAUGAAAUGUACAAAUCAGUGUCUGAAAAAAUUGGUCUGAUAUUUUUUAAGUUAAGGCAUUUAAUUUUGUCUGCCAUGAGUUAAUUUAGAUGUGCAUGCUGUAGACUUGCUUUCGAUUGUGCAACAAUUCUAGAUUUUCUUUUAUUUCUGAAAAGGAGAGUAACCUAUUCAUUGAACUUAAUAGAAGCCAAUUUUUUGGCUCAAGCUCUGCAUACAUCAUGUACUAAUACUGGUAACGCUAUGCACCAGAGUGAGCAAGGAUGGAGAAACACUUAAUAUUGACUGCGUACUUAGUGUAAAUUCUGCUUACCAGUUCUCUUGAUGCCAAUUUUUGUAAUAAUUAUAACAAUCAUUGUGAGAAUUCUAUUACUUCGAGUCAUUUUCUCUCCUUCAAAUCCUCACACUCAAUGGAACAAUAACAUCCUCAUAUACUGUCCAUACUAAAAAAAACUUUUGUACAUUUUUUUUUCUUGGUCUUAAAUUGAAAAUCAGAGCAUCUGAAUGACAACAUUUCACUGUAUACAGAAGCACUUUUGUUAAAGUUGUGACAUAUUUUCACUUUUCUUUUUUUCUGCGAUGAUGUACAAUAAAUGUGAUGUAUUUGUGUGUGGCCACAAGUGAAAAUGCAAUUCAACUGAGAUGGAUUCCCUUUUCUCUUUCCAUUAAUAUUAUAGAGCUCUGCACCCUUAUGUACCUUUUCACUUUUUGUAUUUCAUUUCAGUCUGUUGGUGUUCCACGGUGAGCUGGAUGCAAGAUAGAUACUGUACUAAAUUGUACUGUUAUUGAUUGAAAAAUGUAAUAAAAAGCUGUUUGAGAUCUCUA